AGUGUCGGUUAGAUGCUUAACGGAACAAGAGGAACAGAGUGUCUUAUUCAAACGUUUACUUGCAUGUGAUUUAGUGUAAUAAUCUUAGUCUGUUGAUAAACAACCUCUGAAAAUGGAUCGAACAUUUUCAGAGGAUGUAAAGCUGGAGACCAGCCCCACUGUUGGUAAACAAUUCACCUUCUCUAGAACAAGCAGUACUGGUUCUAUACCGGCAGGAUGUGCAUCAUCAGCUUCAUCAGCUCAUAACUCAGAUGAUGAAGACAGUGAUGAAAACAAGCCCACAUUGAGUUACAAAGACCGUCGGCGUGAGGCUCACACUCAUGCUGAACAAAAGCGUAGGGACCAAAUCAAGAAAGGAUACGAUGAGUUACAAAGCAUUGUCCCGACGUGUCAGCAGGCUGACAGUAUCGGAUCACAAAAACUCAGUAAAGCUACGGUCCUUCAGCGAUCCAUUGACUACAUCCAGUUUCUGGCCCAUCAGAAAACAAAACAGGAGGAUGAGCUCGACUCCCUCAGGAAGGAGGUCAUGGCGCUUAAAAUCAUGAAGGCAAACUACGAACACAUUGUGAAAACCCACCAAAACACACCGGUGCAUGGCCAGAACCUGGUGUCAGAUGAGGUCAAGUUUCAGGUGUUCCAAGGUAUCAUGGACACCCUUUUCCAGUCUUUUAAUGCGACCAUCUCUGUGGCCAACUUUGCUGAGCUGUCUGCCUGUGCCUUCAGCUGGCUGGAGGAGUAUUGUAAACCUCAGUCUCUGCGAGAAGUUGUUCUGGGUAUUCUGCGGCAGCUGAAUAACCAAAUUAAUCAAUAAGAAGGCGGUGUUUAUACAGAGGACAGAUUCCAACAUUACACAAACAGGGAAGGAACAUACAUCUUUAUAAUGACUAUCAAAUAGCUGCGGAAAGAAGUAACAUUUUGAACUGUAUAUAAAAUAUACCCCCAUCUAUCUGAUGGCUUUUAUGAAGAGGGACUUGACAAUGUGGAGUGGGACCCAGAUACAAUAUGAAUUGUUAUGUAUUAUAAUGCUAGAUAUCAAUUAGUAUACGUAUACAUACUUGUAUACUCUACUCCUUUCCUUUUGUGUAUUGGAAUAAAGUAAUUGUAUAAAGCCAUGAUUAUAUAUGAUAUACUUAAUAAACAUAUUGAUUUGUUUACAUCAUCAUACUUAGAAAAUCAACCUUAUAAAUUAAAGUAUUUAAAUAUAGAUAGUAGUUUUGGAUAGAUCAUGUAGGGUUUGUUUAAAACAGGAAUGACAAGAAUUCGGACAUGGCAAUGGAGAUUGGAUAUUUUUAAUCAGGGUGGAAGUUGUAAAAUUUUUAAUAAAUCUUAUUACUGUGUUUAAUACCUGGUUAAUUAUGAAUACAUAUUUAUGAACGUAUACAAUUGUGAAUACAUGCUGUUUGAUUAUAAAGGCAUAUUUUAGAUUAGUAAAUAUAAUAAGGAAUAAUUUACCGACCAUUACUGUUACCAAAUUGUUUGAUGUUACAUAUAGAAGCAGGUCAUAUAUUCAUAGUUUCACAGCUAUAUUUAUCAAUAAAGAAUAUCAACAAUCAAAACUUUAUAUUAAUGCAAGAAAAUUUACUUUUAAUACUUCUACACCACCAAAUUGUCUAAAGUAAACGGAUAAAUAAAAGUGAACAACAUCAGUCUCGUUUCCAAAAUGUAGUCUUACUUAGAUGAUUUCAAUUCAAUUUCAUUAUAGAUUAUUUUCAAAUGUGAUUUCUGUCUGAGUCAAAAAAAUCAUUUUUUAAUUGGAUUUCCUUUCAAGUUUUUAGUUACAAAAUCAUUUCCAUUUUGUUCUUACAGAAAUUUUCAAACAGAUCACGUUAAUUAGUCUUUUUUUCUAGUUAUUCAUAAAGCUUUUGUUUUGUUUUGUAAAUCAUAAUCCUUGUGUCAUAUGGUCUUUAAAAUGUAGAAAACAUAUUUCUAAAAAUAAAUGUAUGCAGGAUUAUUUUAUUGCAGAGUAACUUUAAGGAUCAUCACCCUCGCUCCAUUUUCCUUCUUUUAAAAGUGAAUGCAAAAUUUGUGUCCAUAUUUUAAAUUUUAAAUUACAUCACUUUCCCCCCCAAAAAAAAUUGUUGUGGGGUGCUGGUUUAAUUUAGAUCCAUUCUGUUAAAAUUCGGUUUUGAUAUUUUUUAUUUGACCACAUGUGGUACGUAUUUCAACCUUUUUGUUUAAUGAUUAAAACAUUGAUAUAAUUGGA